UAAAUAGAUGGCUGAUAUUAACUCUUCUUCUUCCUUCAAGGUUGUUGUUUCUUCUUCUUCCUUCACAUGAACCCAACUCUCCCUGGCUCAAAGCCGCCGUCGCCACCGAUUCCUGGUCGGAAACCGCCGUCGCCAUUUUCCGAUUCCUGUCCGAUUUCAGAAACUCCAUCAAAAUCGAACCCUUUCUCUGUUUCCAAUCCUGCUUUGUUAAUUUUGUUAUGAUUUUUAACUGAUUCUGAUUAAAAAUCGAACUGUUUCUCUCUCUCUCUCUCUCUCUCCCUCCUUUCUUGAUUUUGUUGGUUUUGAAAUCCCUAAUUUCAAUUGCAAAUCCCUGUUUCUCUCGUAUUCAUUUUGGACAAACCGCUAUUGUUCUGUGAUAUGCAAUAGUUAUAUAACCAAAUUGCAGACAUCAUCACUAUCACUAUCUCGAAACCAGUACAUCAAUGCCUAUAACAAUUGAAAGCUCAAUUCUUUCUCCAAUACUCCUACAAUGGACAUGUUUGACUAAACCGAAUAAAUUCUUGUCAUCUGCAAUAAGUAUCCCUCCAAAGACAAGUUGUAUCUCCUGCAAAGUUGUCGGGUCGAAGUUGAGCCCGAAUGUUGUUGGUGGUUCUGUUGAGAAGGAUAAAAAAGGGAAGAAGAAAAAAGGGGGUAAGAUAGAACACCACUUGUGGCAAAGAAAAGAUUCAGCUCAGUCUGGCCAAAAGGCACUCACUCUUGUCAGAACUAUCUGUGAACUCCCUAAUGAGAAAGAGGCUGUUUAUGGAGCGUUAGACAAAUGGUCGGCUUGGGAAACAGAGUUCCCAUUGAUUGCAGUAGCUAAGGCUUUAAAAAUCUUAAGGAAAAGGGGUCAGUGGGUUCGUGUAAUUCAAUUAGCCAAGUGGAUGUUGAGCAAAGGACAAGGAGCAACAAUGGGAACAUACGACACGCUUCUUCUGGCAUUUGAUAUGGAGCAGAGAGUAGACGAGGCAGAAUCCUUGUGGAAUAUGAUUAUACAUGCCCACAUGCGCUCUGUCUCUAAGAGACUGUUUUCCAGGAUGAUUUCAGUGUAUGAUCAUCAUAAUCUGCCAGAUAAGAUUGUGGAGGUAUUUGCUGACAUGGAGGAGUUGCGGGUAAAACCUGAUGAAGAUACAGUCAGGAAAGUGGCAAGUGCCUUUAGAAUACUAGGCCAAGAAGAGAAAAGAAAACUGGUAAUAAAACGAUAUGGCCUUAAAUGGAAGUAUAUUCACUUCAAUGGUGAACGGGUGAAAGUUAGAACACAUGCAUCGGAAGACUAAUUAUGAUUGACAUUGAAAAUUGGUAAAUGUCAAUAAAGAUACCACCAAAUCUUUAUAUCUUCGAAGCAAUUGUCUUGUUGCAUUCUGCCGUUGUUGAAUCAAGGGGUUGAGUUUAAGGGGUUAACGAGCUUUUGUUAAGGUUAAUCGACCGGUAGUACCUGGGUUUGUUUCCUAAGAACCAGAAGAUUAAGAAAAGAUACCAUUGUUGCAUUAUAGACUCACCAAAUUUGAUUCGUUGUCAUUUAUCCGGUUCGAGUUUAGCAACCUAUCAACCAUGAGUUGAACUACAUUUGGGGGCACAACACCCAAAGUUAAAAGUGGUAGUGUUGUAUUUUUGUAUUAUAUGUUAGACAUGAGUGAGAACUUGUUGAGCUUAGUGUAAAUGUUAAAUUUAUUUUUGGAAGAAAUUCAUGUGCGUAUUAGAGGUAA